GUUCGUAGUUCAAAGUAGUAACAUGCGGGUUUCAGAAGCGACAGUUGUGCGCGUUGUACGGCUUGUUUUAACAUGAAACUUGUGUCGUUAGUCUUUUGCGUUUUUUAGUCCACUUCUUCGUGUGUCGAACAUGUCCGUGAACGCAUCAAAGCACGAGCUGAUUCAGCUGAUCCACCGCCACCUGAAGGAGCAUGGUUUCCACUCAGCUGCGGAUGAGCUUCAGGGACACAGCCCACAGGGGGAGACCAAAAUAUCGGCGUCAUUACUGGACAUCUACAAUUCCUGGGUGAAGGGCUCAAAAAAGAAAAGACAGUCUGACUCAAAUAAACGCUCCAAAUCUAAAGAACGGGGAAAUACUCCGACUAAAGGCAGUGCAGCCACACCAAAGAAGAAGGAUAAACCUGCAAAGAAGUCAGAGACUCCAAAAAAGUCUGUCGGAACAAAAAAGGAUAAAAGUGAUGGAAAAUCUGUCAAAAGUGUCACCAAGGCGAAGAAAUCAAAGACACAAACGACAGACACGACCGUGUCUGCUGGUGGAGAUGAUUCAGACUCUGACAGCAGUCUGGAUGUUGAGAAAUGGAAGAAAAUGCUCGGGCAGAUGACAGAGGCCGACGUUGCCAAGAUGGACACCAUCAAUGCUCUGGACGCCUCCGCACCCCCACCCAAGAAAACGAGAGUCAGAAAACCCAGAGCUAAGCCUCCAGCAAAAACUGGCACUCCCGUCAAACAGAAUAAUGGGACGAUUAAAAAGGAUGAAAACGGUGAACAGAAAACUGUGACAGAGACACCAACAGAGAAGAGUACGCCCAAGAAGAGCAGGGCAAAAAAUGCAGCACCUGUGACCUCCUCUGGUAUCCACAGCCAAGAGCAAAACCUCAACACUGUCGAGGAAAAGCCGGUUGCAUCCACUGUCUCCCCUUUGAAACAAAAGAAACGGGACAUUGUACCUUCCAGCGAAGAAACAACGGAUGACACAACAUCUGAGCCCAAGAAGAAAAAGAAGAAGAAGAAGGAAAAGGAGGCGAUUGAAGAAAAGGUGGAUGAAAAUGCAAAUAAAGCAGGUGAACCUGGAAAAGAAAAAGACAGAAAAGAGAAGAAGAGCAUUGAAGUCAAAGGGGAAGAGUGUGAUAGGAAACCUGAGGAGGUCAAGAAAAAGACAAAAGGAACAAAGGAAGACAGCGAAAGGAUUGAAGUCGAUGUGAUGGAGAAAAACAAAAGCCAGAACGCUGAUAAUGUGAACAUGUCAGAGCCAGUAGUACAAGAAAAGAAGGCCAAGAAGAAGAAAAAGGAGAAAACUGACAGUGAGGAAAGUUCAGCACACACAGCAGAAGAAACAAAAGUAAAGAAGAAGAAAAGGACACUCUAUAGUGAGGAAACGUUAGAACAGGUAGCUGAAGAAGUAAAAGAAAACACAUGGCAAAAAGCUGAAGAAGGCAAAGAAAAUUUAGAGAAGUUACACAAAGAAAAGAAAGCAAAGAAGAAGAGAAAGGAGAAAACGAAUGCUGAGGAAAAUUCUGAGCUGCUACCUGAAGAAGUGAAUGAAAAUACAGAGCAAAUAGCUGACAGAAGUCAAGAAACGUCAGAGCAGUUACACGAAGAAAAGAAAGUAAAGAAGAAGAAAAAGGACAAAACUGAAAGUGAGGAAAAUUCAGCACACACCGUUGAGGAGAUGAAAGAAGAGAAGAAGAAAAAAGAGGAGACUGUUAACGGUGAGGAAAGUCAAGAGCAAGUAGUUAAAGAAAAGAAAGCAAAGAAGAGGAAAAGGGAGAAUCCUGAUGAAGAAAGUUUAGGGCAGAUAGUUGAAGAAAAGAAAAGAAAGUCAAAGAAAGACCAAGCUGAUCAUAAUAAUGAGCAGAUAGUUGACGAAAAAACAACAAAUAUGGCAUCAGAGGGCACUAAGAAAGAGAAAAAGCAGGUUACUGAAGCGAAAAAGAAGAAGACUUCUAUUGAAACAGAGCCUUCACCAGGCCAGGAUACAACAAGUCCUCCAACAGAGAAGAAGAAAAAGAAAAGCAAAUUGAAGUCAGCAGAAGUCCCAGAAACACCUGAUGUUUCUGUCCAAGAUGCCACAGAGACACAAAUCAUCCAGACAGUCACAAGUGAUGGCCACAAAAAGAAAAAGAAAUCAUCCAAGAGCAAGGAGCCAUGAAGACGUUUGACUCGUCAUCCCUGCAGAACCACAGGACAGAAGGCAACACAUCAUUUCCGUCCUUUUUCUAAUCAUAUUCUAUUGAUUAGAAGGACGAUUUAAGACUGUAAAGAGAACUGGCAUUUUUAUUUUAGUACAUUUUUAAAAAAUCUUUUUAAUUCAUUUUAUGUUCUGUGUUUUUUACUUAAAUAUUUCUGUGGUCAUUUCCAUUGUGAUGGCAUGUAAAGGAAGUUGAAGCUGAUUGUUUCAUGGAAUCUUAAUCUCACCACUGAUUGAAUGAAGAAAUGUCUCUUUGAUGCACAUUCUCUUUCAGUCUCAGGAAUUUCUCCCGUCGCAAUCCUAAACAUGAGAAGCUCUCUGGAGCCAUUUUAUGGUCAUUUAAAUUGUAUAAUUCAUUGAAACCAAAUGAGUCUGAUUUUCAAGUUUAUUCUAAUGUUUGUUUUCAGUAUGUUUUCUACUCUUCCGCUUCUUUUGUAUUCGGCACCAAACACAAUGAUGUCGUAAAAAAAAAAACAGAAUACAUAGACAUUUUUGACCAGCUUUGUAUUUAUUCAAAGUAACAUGAAAAUUGUAUUUGGUAUUGAUAGAAAACUGUUUGUGAGAAUUGGGAUUUUUUUUUUUUUUUUUUUAAGCAAAGUUUUACAUUUUUGAUAAAACUUUCAUAUAUGGAUUAUAAAUUAUGCUUUUACUACUAAACUCCAUAGUUUUUUAAUCGACUGCA